AUCUGGGAACCGUGGUCAGCCCGCGCGUGUGGCAUCAGUGAGGGCGGCGUUGUUGACAGGGCCGCGGCACACACGUGGAGGCGGCGCAUCACCCCACACCCCACCUCGCACCUCCUCCCGACACCCCCACACCAUGCGCGGCGGGAUGGAGCGGUCAUACUUCUGGGGCAUCACUUUGGACGAGGCUCACAAAGAACAGAAGUGGGAAGGGUCAGCCACGGAGAACACGGCUGAGUGCACGGUCACCACACACACACUCUCCGUCAGACAGGUUGUGCUGGGUCCAGAAGCCAAGGAGGGCGAGGCUAACGUGGUGGAGCUGGAGGUGGAAGGCUACAACAACAAGAAGACCAGAAUACCCAUCUGUGUGUCCAAAGCGGGCGGCUCCUACGUGUCCAAUGUGGAGGUGUUAGUGGAGGACCAGGCGGCCACCUUCCACCUAACGAAGGGCUCCGGGCCGGUCCACUUGAGCGGCACGCACCAGACGGAGACCAACGUGGUGGGCGAUGACGAAUUUGAUGAGAUCGGAGACGAAGAGGGAGAGGAUGAGGAGGACGACGAGGAGGUAGUGGAGGACUCGCCUCCCAAAAAGAAGGCCAAGAAGUAGAGUCCCCUCACCACACACCAGCUAAGCUUCAGAUCAUUGCCAAGUUUUCUAUUCCUACCACUCGAUCAAGCGCUGACUCUACCAGACCCGGGAGACGAGACAAAGAGGAGGCGGAGGAGAGAGUGGGGGGAAGGAAAGGGAAGAAUACACAAAGAUGAAUUACCAUGUAUGCGGCAAAAGUGAAUGACAACAGUUAUUAUGCCAA